CGCCGCAGCCUGGAGAUGGCCUAUUUGCUGGGCUUCUCCAGCGUCGAAAAGUUUGAGAUCUGGGAACGCUCCCUCUCCCGCGACCACUUCGCCAUUUUCGUCCGGGACUGCCGCCCUCGCUACCCCGCCUUCGCCGUCGACAUCCGCCGAUUCGAGGAUUUCGUCGACCUUCGCCGAUCGGUCGAGGAGAGGGUCAAGAUCAUGUGGGAGCACAGCUCCAGGUUCGCCAUGCCUCCGGACAAGAGCAAGUGGCGAACCAUCGACCACUACAAGGAGUUCGUCGUCCGGGUGAUGGCGGACGACACGUACCUCCUGCGCGAAGCGAUCCGCAGGGAAAUGACCUGCGACCUGCUGUCGACGCGCCCGUGGACGACCCGCGAGACCAUCAUCGUCUUGCUGGAAUAUCUGUCCCGGCUGAUCCAGAGCUGGUUCGUCAAUCCC